AUGGCUUUCAGGCAGUCGGAGGACGAUGCACAAGAAGGUGCAACGCCGGUGACAAUGCAUCACGCCAACGUAGCCAAGAUCAUCCCUUCGCUGCCCCUGGAGAUCAGGUGGCCACCGUUCCGGCUCCGCCAUUACGCUGGCUUCUGGGUGCCAGAGGUAACAACAUUGAAGAUAGGCGUCCCGAACGUCCAUUCCAGGUUCCAGCCGAGACCCACCGACGUGUUCCUUGCAAGCUACCCCAAGUCUGGAACCACUUGGCUUAAGGCCCUAGCCUUCGCAACGCUGAAGCGUUCCACACAUCCGCCGUGCGACGACGACCAUCCGCUGCGCCAUUGCGGCCCUCAUGACUGCGUCAAGUUCCUCGAAAUUGGUAUGAACACAGGGAAUGAGUUUGAUGCGCUUCCUCCCCCCCGUGUGCUGGCUACGCACCUUCCCUACUCCCUGCUACCCAACAGCAUCACAGGUGAGCACUCAGGGUGCCGGAUCGUAUACAUCUGCCGGGAACCCAAGGAUGCUCUGCAUGUCCUCCAGUACUGGGAGGAGAGCGUGAGGAGAUCAGACAGCAGGGUGUUGUUCCUUAGGUACGAGGAGAUGCUCCUUGCGCCGGAGAGUCACGUCAAGAAGCUAGCAAGGUUCAUGGGCUGUGAAUUUUCCAAGGAGGAGGAGGAGGGCGGGGUUGUGAGCGCCAUCGUGGAGCUGUGUAGCCUGGCCAAGCUGAGGGACAUGGAGGUGAACAGAAAUGGAAGCACUAGGAUGGGGAUCAAGAACGAAAGCUUCUUCAGGAUGGGAGUUGCUGGGGACUGGAGCAAUCACAUGACGCCGGAGAUGGCGCAGAGGCUAGACAAGAUUGUCGAGGAUGCAUUGCAAGGGACUGGAUUCACCUUUGCGAGCACAGCAUGA